GAAAUGUUUAGUAGAGAUUCUGAUUCUGUGCAUGCCGGUUUAUGUAUCGGCGACUGGAAGUGGGCACCAUGUCGAAGUUGCAAAUUGAGGAUUUGCCUGAUCCUGAGGAUCGCUUUGUUUUGGAAGAAUGUCUCGCUGUUGGAGUGUGUGGUAAAGUGUACGCCGCUUGCGAUUCGGAAAACAAAAAUCGCAAGGUGGCCAUCAAAAUGUUGAAAAUUACCCGAGAGAGUUUUCUUUACAUCCAAGAAGAAUAUAGAGUUCUCCAGGAAUUUUCAAAUCAUCCAAACUUUCCGGACUAUUAUGGUACGUUUCGCAAAACAGAAGGCAGAGAAGAUGAAGUUUGGUUUGUGAUGGAGUUGUGCGAAGGAGGCUCUGUGCUGGAUUUAGUAAAUAGUUUACUAAAUAAAAACCGACGAAUGUCUGAAGAACACAUUGCUUUCAUUCUUAAAGAAACAAUCAAGGCAAUAACUCAUCUACAUGAACAACGUGUAAUGCACCGCGAUAUAAAAGCAAACAAUAUUCUUCUCACCAAAGAAGGUGAAGUCAAAUUAGUAGAUUUUGGUUUGGCACGACAUUUAAGUAGUACAUUUGGAAAAAGUGAUACACGUCUUGGGUCGCCGUGUUGGAUGGCACCUGAAGUGGUAACAAGUACUCCGCAGGACGAAGAAUCGGGUUACGGAAACCGGGCGGAUGUUUGGGCACUAGGAAUAACUGCUAUUGAGUUGGGUGAUGGAAAAGCCCCAUUUACUGAUAUGCAUCCAACAAGGGCAAUGUUCCAAAUUGUACGAAACCCUCCACCUACCCUGUACCGACCCGCAAAUUGGUCGGAACCAUUCAAUGACUUCGUCAAUGAAUGUUUAGUGAAAAAUCCCGAGCAUCGACCAUUUAUAAUGGAACUUAGCGAGCAUCCUUUUAUGGAAUUAGUGCCGGAGAAUAAUUAUCAUUUAACACAAGAAAUAAAACUACUCCUCUCUGAUAUUGACAAACAUAAGAAAGUACCUACAAAUGACACAUUAGUUUUGACCAAUUUAUAUAAGAGGGCAAGAGAUGAAGAUCUGCAACCUAUGUAUGUAGAAGAUCUAGCCGCCUUAGAGAAAAUCAGCGAAGAGUCAGUUCUGCACGAACUGCACGCUAGAAUGAAGAUGGGCCAAUUUCAUACUUUCAUUGGAAACAUUCUCUUGGUUUUAAAUCCUAAUGUCAAGCAAGAAAUUUAUGGUGAACUGUUUCACAAAAAAUACUCUUGCAAAUCACGAUCGGAAAAUUCUCCACACAUUUAUGCAAUUGCAGAAGGAGCUUACCAAGAUGCUUUACAUCAAAUAAUUCCACAAAACAUAGUAUUAGGAGGAGAAAGUGGGUCCGGAAAAACAACUAACUUUAUGCACUUACUUGAUCACUUGUUGUAUGUUGGACGAAAUGAUAACAUCAACAGUAGUCGGCUUAAAGACGCGAUGAAGCUUAUUCACGCAUUUACGCAUGCUUCAACACCUUACAAUGAUUAUUCCACUCGAGCUGUCUUAAAAGCAGAGGUAACUUUCGGAAGCACUGGAAAGGUAUCCGGUGCUAUAUUCACUAUGAACCAACUUGAAAAAUGGCGCGUUUCAUCAGUUGACAUGACACAAUCAAACUACCACAUGCUAUAUUACUUCUAUGACGGAAUUGAAUCACAAGGCGAUCUUAAGAAAUACCAAUUAGAUUCAGGAAGAAAGUAUCGCUAUCUUCGUGUUCCCGAUGAUAACACUUCUAGAACAAAACCACGUGAUAACCCUCAAGUUAAUGUAAAAAAGUGGGAUACUAUACAAGCAAUUUAUAAAAUGUUUGAUUUUGCUGAAGAACAAAUUGAUAUGAUCAAUAAAGUCUUAGCAGCCACUUUACUCAUAGGAGAUGUUAAAUUUUAUCAGAAUGAUCAGGGCGUAGCAGAAAUUGAAAACGAAGAAGUGGCUGCUGCAGUCGCUAACUUAUUGGGUGCAGAUGAAAAGAAGGUAAUUUGGUCUUUGACAAAUUAUUGUUUGAUCAAGAAAGGAACAGCAGUACGUAGAAGACACAGUUGCGAUGAAGCUAGAGAUGCCAGGGAUGUUUUUGCAAACACCAUGUACAGUCAUAUGGUUGAUUAUGUCAUCAAUUUUAUCAAUCACCGACUAUCUUAUGGAAGGACUAUUUUCGGAGAAAAAUAUUCCGUGCGCUUAUUGGACAUUUACGGUUUUGAAUGCUUCAAAGAAAAUCAUUUAACGCAACUAUUUAUUAAUUGUUUAAAUGAACAAUUGCACUACCAUUUUGUGCAACGUGUGUUUGCUUGGGAGUGUUUAGAAAUGAAUGAAGAAGAUGUUCCGAAUACACCGUUGCAUUAUUAUGAUAACAAAGCUACUUUAGACGAAAUUUUGGGGAAACCAGAAGGUUUAUUGAUGCUUAUCGAUGAUGCUUCCAAAAUGGCUAAUACUGGAGAGUACAUUAUCGAUUACUUAAAAACCCCACAAAGAAAUCAUAUAAGUGUCGUUGGGGCUAUGGAAUUUUCUGUUUCACAUUACACAGGAAAAGUUACCUACAACGCAAAAGAAAUGCCCGAUAGGAACAGAGAUUUCCUACCUCCCGAGGUGAUUGAAACUCUAAGACUAUCCAAAAACAAACACAUUAAAGCAUUGUUUACUGGUAAACUGACAAGAACUGGAAACCUUACAACUUCCUUUGAAGGAUCACUACCUAAAAGCAAGAGUAGAUUAAAGUUUUCAUCGUCCUCUGAUGAAGAUAAUCAAAAGGGUGGAAACCAAGAACAACAAUUUUCACAAAUUACCAAAAUGCGUACAACCGUAGCAACGUUUAGGUCCCUGUGUUUGAAUUUAUUGAAAGAGCUAUCGGUAGGUGGAUCGGCGGGCGGCACUCAUUUCGUCCGUUGUCUACGUUCUGACCUAGAUGGACAACCCCGUGGUUUCCAUAUGGAAAUUGUAAAGCAACAGCUUCGAGCCAUGGCGGUUGUCGAUACAGUUAAAGCACGCCAAAAGGGCUAUCCACACCGAAUUCCAUUUUCAGAGUUUCUACGAAGAUACAAAUUCCUUGCAUUUGAAUUUGAUGAAAAUGUCGAAAUAUCCAAAGAUAACUGUCGUUUGCUUCUAAUUCGUCUAAAAAUGGAAGGAUGGAUGAUUGGAAAAUCAAAAGUAUUUCUAAAAUACUACAAUGAAGAAUACCUAGCCCGACUCUACGAAAAUCAAGUAAAGAAAAUUAUCAAAAUUCAAUCAAUGAUGCGUGGCUUUCUAGCAAAGCUAAACUUAAAGAAACAACGAUCUGGCCAGGUCGUCAGCAGCUAUCCAAUGUCCGCUGAUGAAUUAGAAGAAGACAAAGCGGCAAGGGUGUUGCAGAAAGCAUACCGAGGAGUGGCUGUUAGAAAAGCAUAUGCUCCUCUAGUUACCAAUCCAGCGGAGAAGUUGGACGCGUCUACUUGUAGAUUUAUUCGCAUUUACGCAUCCAAAUGGAAAGCCAAAACAAUGUUUCAAGUAUUAUUGCAAUACAGAGCUGCAAGAUAUCAUGAUUUGUUUAACUUUUCACAACAGGUGCAUUUAUUCAAUCAACAAGCCGUUUGUGCCCUUCAAAGAUUUAACAAUAACAUAGGUCUGGAUUUGGUUGACCGUCAUGCAAAACCUCAAGGGUGGUUGGGAGAAAUUAAACCAUCUGUUUUAAAGUUACCUUUUAGGCUGAUUGACAUUCCAUAUUUUGAUACAUCAUACAUGUGUGAUCCUUUAUCAAAUCCUGGGGUAGCUCUGGAUAAGGACGAAGAUUGGGACGCACCUUUUCAAUGGCGGGACAAUGUCUCCUCGAAGAUCACUAACACCUUACAAGAAACCAAGAUAGCCAUAUCCAAACCAUACUCAGCCAAUAUAAAAUCUCAUUCUUCAAUGCACAGACCAACCGAACCUUUAAUAAACCUUCCUUACUCCCGAGAUCCCGAUGAGCCUAUCAGAAGAUUAUCUACCAUGUCCAUGGAACAACCAGAGCCUAAUCACGGCAGAAAUCUAUUUCGAAAUAAUAAUCCUCCACCUCCACCAAUGUCAAACUAUUCAACCCAAUCAUAUGGUUUUAAUCAAACAUCAACCACUGCACGCCAUUCAUACAAUCCAAUGCAUUCUUAUUCAAACACAAACUAUAACAAUCAAAGAAACCAACAGAAUUCAACAUUCCCUCCCAAAGAUCAUGAAUACAAUGGUACAGGAAACAGAAUGAAUCCCAUAGCUGAGUUGCGUACAAUAGGUCGCAAGAACACUCCGGAAUCAGGAAAUGAAGAUGAUCCACCAUUUAACUUCCAAGCAAUGCUUAGGAAGACAAAUGUUAAUCGAGACUCAAUGAAACGAAGCGUGGAGACACUUCGAAAUCUAUCAUUCAAGAAUCGUAAAGGAUUUAGCCAGGAAAAUCUGGUUUACGAUAGCCGACAAAAUAGUUUAAGGAAGAACAGAAGUGUUGAUAGUUUAGAUCAACGGCAGCGACAGAAGUUGGAACUUGCUCCGGGUAUUUACAUGGAAGGUAUGGUUGCCGAUUUAUAAAUUUAGUCAAAAUGUUAUAAAGAAAAAGAUAUUAUACUCAACUCAACUUAAGUAGAAUAUAGAAUUAAGUGGUUAUAUGGCGGUUAUGUAAUUAUUAGCAUGUUGAAAGUUAAAGUAAACAAGUAACUUAUCUUUAUUACGUAGUAAUAAAAUUCAAAAUAAAUCAAAUUGAAGAUCCAUCUCGGCGAAAUCAAUGCUUCUUGAAACCAAGUUCAAAUAAAAUUUAAAAAAUAAUACAAAUAUAAUAACACUCUGUUUUCUGGCACACAUGUGAUCAGAAUAGUUUUAUCAUUUGUUUUGCCUGCGUUAAUAUUAAUAAACAUAUUCAGUAGUAAACAGGAUAAUAA